AUGAAUGGUCAUCCGUCCGGUUCUCCACAAUGUAAUCAAUGUAGAAAGAUUGUGUCAGAAAAUGAUAUUCAUAAUUGUAUACUCAAUUGUCGAUCAGCAACAAUUAAUGAAUCUUUUGAGACAAAUCCAUCAAGUCAAACGAAGAUUUGUCCAUUUUGUCGUAAAUUUGUUGAAGAUUUAUUUUCACAUUGUCAAACUUGUUUAUCUGAUGAAGAAAAAGAUGAUUCAGUAUUUCAAACACCAAGAGGUCAAUCACCUAUUCAAAUAAACGAAAUUGUUUUCGUAGAUAAAACGAAUUCAAAUCAAAAACGAUGUAUCUUAUGUUCACAAUAUAUCAAUGAAUAUGAUUUUGAAAAACAUUGUCGUGAUUGUUUAAAUAACAAUGUCACACAACAACAACAACAUCAUUUAACAAAUGAACAGAAAUCAUUACAAACAACAAUAGAAUCAAUAAACAAAACACCAAUCGAAGAAGAUCAUUCAGUAAAAACAAAUCUUGUCAUUAAAAAAUGUAUUUUAUGUUCACAAAAUAUUGAUGAAAAUGAUUUCGUUGUUCAUAUGACAAUUUGUUCAUCGAAUCAAUUACAAAACAAUUCAAAUAAUGAAAAUGAGAAACAAUGCGCUUUAUAUUCGAAUUUUAUUAAUGAAUCUGAAGAUAUUUCUUCUUGUUCGAUCGAUCAAAAUAAUUCGAAAAUUGAAUAUUCCGAUGUGAUUCCAAAAGCAAAAGAAACAAAACCUAAAAUAAAUCCAACAACAUUCAAUUCAUCAAACUAUGUUAAUAUAAAUACUUCUGAUGCAUCAUUGAAUGAAGUUAAACCGAAGAAAAGAGAUUGUAUUUUAUGUUUCAAAGCAAUUAAUAUCGAAGAUUAUGAAAAUCAUGUUUCAUUAUGUUUGAAUCGAAAUGAACAACUUUUGAAUAUAAAAUGCUUUUCAUGUAAUCGUUCGAAAGAAAAUGAUAAUGAUAUAUUUUAUAUGAUAUCAUGUGAUUAUAAUCAUCAAUAUUGUUUGAUCUGUCUUCAAAAAUCAUUGAAAGAAUUUGCUCUUAAUCGUGAAAAACCUGUUUGUUGUAAAAAUAAAUGUGAUUAUGAAUUAUCUCGUCAUGAUAUUUCAUCGAUUCCACUCGAACGUCGUUGGUAUGAUCGACUUCUCNACCUUAAAUAG